AGCGUUUAGAAAGGGAGUUGUUUCGAGGUUUUAUGCAUUGUGUUACAGUGAAUUCCUGAACAGUUUUUCGGAGCUCAUUCAACCUGGUCCUUUGUUUAUCCGUUGUUGUGUAAGGUACCAUGGCCGACCAGGGCAAGCAGAUGGGGCAUUCCUGGACGUUGGCAUUGAUGGUGACUUCAACUGCCAUUGGGGGUACCCUCCAGUAUGGAUACAACCUCGCUAUCAUGAAUGCACCAACAAAUUUCAUUCAGGGGUUUGUGAAUGAUACAUGCAGGGAGCGAUGGGACGUCCAGCUAGAGGACUAUCAGGUGACGCUGGUCUGGACCAUCAUAGUUUCCAUGUUCUCACUGGGUGGCCUUGCAGGCGCUCUUAUCGCCGGACCAAUGACCAUCCACUUUGGGAGGAAGAAGUGCAUGCUGCUGAACAACGUGUUCUUGAUGUCAGCAGCCCUGCUGGCUCUGACAAGCCGAGCCGCCAGGUCCUUUGAAAUGAUCAUCAUUUCACGUGUUCUGGUUGGAAUAAACGCUGGUAUCAGCAUGAACGUGCAGCCCAUGUACUUUGGGGAGAGUGCUCCCAAGCACCUCCGGGGGGCGGUGUCGCUGUCCUGUGCCGUCUUCACGGCUUUCGGGGUGGUGCUGGGGCAGGUGGUGGGGCUCAGGGAGAUCUUAGGCAGUGAACCAUACUGGCACUACCUCCUUGCGAGUAACGCCAUUCCUGGCUUCAUCCAGCUGCUCACCCUGCCCUGGUUCCCCGAGAGCCCCAGGUACCUGCUCAUCGACCGGGGCGACAAGGAGGCCUGCAUCAAAGCCCUGAGGCGGCUGCGUGGCUGUGAGGUGCAGGCGGGCGAGCUGGACGAGAUGCUGCAGGAGCAGGCCCAGAGCAGCGGGGUGCGGCCCAGCCGGCCCUGGGAGCUGCUGGCCGACCGCGCCCAUCGCUGGCAGCUGCUCUCCGUCAUAGUCAUCAGCAGCGCCAUGCAGCUGUGUGGCAACGACUCGAUCUAUUUAUAUGCAUCAUACGUGUUUAAAGAGGCUGGGAUUUCCGUAGAGAAGAUCCAGUACAUUACCAUUGGUACUGGCACAUGUGAAUUCUCUGCCUGUAUUCUGUGUAACCUUUUGAUAGAGCUGAAAGGGCGCAGGUUCAUGUUGAUGGGGGGCUACAUCCUGAUGUGCUGCUGGGCGGUGGUCUUCACCAUCGCCCUGUCCUUUGAGCAUGUGGUCUCCUGGAUGCCCUACCUGAGUAUGACCUGCAUCUUCACCUACAUACUGAGCUUUGGCAUGGGCCCAGCGGGGGUGACGGGGGUGCUGCCAACGGAGCUCUUCAGCCAGACGGCCCGGCCCGCCGCCUAUAUGAUCGCCGGCUCCAUGAUGUGGAUCAACCUCUUCAUCGUCGGGAUGCUCUUCCCCUUCUUAGUGAGUUCCCUGGGCCAGUAUUGCUUUGUGCCGUUCGCUGGGGUCUGCCUGUUAUCUGCCAUGUUUGUUGGCUUCUUUCUCCCUGAGACAAAAGGCAAGACCCUCUCAGAAAUCACCAGCGAGUUCAACAAGCUCAACUUCAAAGGCCAGCAGGAGAAGAGUUUGUCUCCUGCCCAGUAUCAGCUUGGGGAAGUGGGCCUCUCCACCUCUCUAUAGAACACUUUUCUUUUGUCUGCUAGCUUCUGUAUACAUCAGCGGUUGUCGAAGUGGUACGAGUGUCCCGGGGGUACCUGGA